AUGAACUUAAGAAAUAAUAAAAUUUUAAGAAUAUGUUGUCACCUAUGUUUAAAUAUUAAUAUCUCACCAAAUCUCACUCUUAUCGAAAAUUUUUAUUAUAGACUAAGGGUACCUCGAGCUUUGGUAAACGUCAUACAAAGACCCACACCUUAUGCCGCCGAUGCGGUAGGCGUGCUUUCCAUAAUCAAAAGAAAACUUGUGCUCAAUGUGGAUACCCUUCUGCAAAGACAAGAAGCUGUUAUACUUGACGUUGACGAUGGGUUGCUGCCCAACGAUAUCUUGCACAUGAAUUCCUUUGCACUCCAUCCAGCAAAGUCUAAAGCAACACCGCAGGAGAAUUCGAACAUAAGGAAUGCUAGGCGGAUUGAAAUAACCACCAAGGCCAAUGCGGAAGUAAAGAUUGCCAAUGAAGUAAAUGAUGCUACCACGAAAAUGAUAAGUGGCGCACAUAAUACGAGCAGAGAGAUGUAA